UGAAAGCGCUCGCGAGCGCGCCGACGACGACGGACGCGCUCGAGAGCGCGUGGAGGGCGUCCAAGUCGCCGAUGCGCGAGGCGUCGAUCGCGACGACGGCGACCCCCGCGGACGUGGCGCUGACGUCCGACUUCGCGAGAGCGCAGUACGGCGCGUCGUACCCGCGAUCGCGGAUGACGCACUUCAAGAGCGUCCUGGCGCGCCAGGCGACGGUGACGGCGCGGAAUAAGCUCUUCGUCAUGACCAGGCUGUUCAGCGCGCUCGUGACGUCCGUCGUUCUCGGCAGCGUGUGGUUCGACCUGGACAAAGAGAAGGGCUUCGAGAAGCUAGGCAUGCUGCUCUUCUGCGUGCUGCACAUCUCCUUCAGUAACUUCAGCGAGCUCACGUUUAGCGUGGAGCAAAAAUACGUGGCGUAUAAACACCUGGACGGGAAGUUAUUCCCCCCGACGUCGUACAUCGUCGCGUGGGCGAUGGUGCACUUGCCCAUCGCGAUCGUGGAGACGGCGGUAUUCGCGCUGGUCAUGUACCCCAUGGUCGGUCUGGUGUGGGCGUUCAAGAACUGGCUGUUCUUUUACUUCAACCUCGUGCUCGCCAACGUGGCGAUGGCGUCAUUUUUUCGCAUCAUCGCGUUGCUGGCGCCGAACAUGGAGGCGGCGCAGACGUUCCCCGGGCCGGUCAUCGCGGUGUUCAUCAUCUUCGCCGGGUUCUUGAUCACGCCUUCGAAGAUGGGGUGGCUCAAGUUCAUGUACUACGUCUCUCUGUUCGCGUACUCGUUGCGGUCUCUGUGCCGAAACGAAUUCCUCAGCGACAGCUACCAGGACACCAAAGUCGCGUCCAACGCCGUGGAAUACGCGACGUACAUCGCCGCGAACCCCGCGGAGAAGAACACCGCGGUCGCGACGCUGUGCGAUCGCGGCGCGUUCACGUGCACGACGAUGGGCACGGCGAUCAUGGACACGAUCUCGAUCGAGGACGACUCGUCGUGGUUCUGGGGCGGCGCGUUGUUUUGCCUCGGGUUUUUUUGCGUGACGUUUUACGGCGCCGUCCGCGCGCUGAAAAAAGUGCGCAUCACCCGAAACGUCGGGUCUUCCCGGACCGGAACCGCGGACGACGAAGAGAACGAUGCGGCGCGAGAGAAGAAGCCGAAGCCGACGGACGCCGCCGUCGUCGCCGCCGCCGCCUCGGCCGCGGUGGACGACGUCGCCGUGAACGUGAACGUCGAGCAGAGCAGCGUCGAGUUCGUCCCGAUGAGCAUCGCGUGGCGCGACCUGGAGUACACCGUCGACGUCGCGAAACAAGCCGGCGGCGGCACGAAGAAGCUGCUGCAGAGCGUCACGUCCGCGGCGCGCCCGGGGCGCGUCCUCGCGCUCAUGGGCGCGUCCGGCGCCGGGAAGACGACGCUUCUGGACGUCAUCGCCGGGCGGAAGACGGGCGGGCACAGGAGAGGGACGAUCACGCUCAACGGCAACGAGGUUGAGAAACAGACGUUCGCUCGUCUCACGGCGUACUGCGAGCAGAACGAUCUGCACAACGAGUUCGCGACCGUCGGCGAAGCGCUGGAGUUCUCCGCGACGCUGCGGUUGGACGACGCGGUCACCGCCGCGCAGAGGCGCGGGUUCGUGUCCGAGGCGCUGGAUAUUCUCGAGCUCCGACCGCUGAGGGAUCGAAUGAUCGGCAAGUCCGGCGACGCGAACGGAUUGUCGCCCGGGCAGCGGAAGAUCCUCACCGUCGCCGUCGAGCUCGUGUCGAACGCGCCGGUGUUUU